GGGGAUUCCCGUGCGGUGGCCACUACCCGGCCUGCCCCGCGACAAGAUGGCGUUUUGAAGGCACCGGGCAGCGGAAGAAAUUCUUAUAGAAGCAUCUGCCCCAAUUUAAGCUGAAGACCCUGGGGCCCCAGGGACUGGAAGAAUCACAGUGCCUGCCUGGACAAAGAGGUAGCAACUUGCCCAAGCCCAAGCCCAACCCCAGAGCAGUGUGCUCCAAGCUCACAUCCGGGUCCUACUACAACCUCAUGAUGCCUGGACAGUCAGAAGGCUGAAACAAAUAGCUAAACGUGAUGUGGCACAUCUUCACUGAGCGCAUCUCGGCGGGAGUGAUAAGCUACGUUGUGUGUUAAGCAGAUUGGGUGAGCCACCUGGACUGGAUUGUGCUCCGGAGUUGGGAGUUGGGCUGCUCACAGAGCCAGCUGUCUGUUUAUAUGGAGUGCCUGGAGGGUGUCUGCCAUGAGUCUGUCACUAACCAUGCUAACCAGGAGAGCUGGCUGGUUGGGGAGAAGACACUAACCCUGGUUGGAGAGGAGAAAGGGGUUCUGGAAAUAACAGGAAGGCCAGUUGCUUGGAGCUCCCCAGUGUUCUGCACAGUUUCAGAAGCUGUUGGCUAGAGGAGGAAGUGGAGGGGCCGUGGGAUGUGGAGAGCCGAGGGCUAACUCCCGGACAGCGGAACAGAGCGAGUUGCCGACAGACAGACGCAGGUCAUGGAGCCCUCACCUCCCAGAAUGACCAGUGCAGCCCCUGCUAAGAAACCCUACCGUAAGGCACCACCCGAACAUCGGGAGCUACGCCUGGAAGUUCCUGGAUCCCAGCUGGAGCAGGAGGAGUCCCUGACUGACAGAGAGAGGAUGAAGCUCUUGCAGCAGGAGAAUGAGGAGCUUCGCAGGCGCCUGGCUUUGGCCACCAGGCGCACUGAGGCCCUGGAGCGCGAGCUGGAAAUCGGGCAGGACUGCCUGGAGCUGGAGCUGGGCCAGAGCCGUGAGGAGCUGGACAAAUUUAAGGACAAGUUCCGUAGGUUGCAGAACAGCUACACCGCUUCCCAGAGGACUAAUCAGGAGCUGGAGGACAAGCUGCACACGCUGGCCUCUCUUAGCCACAGCUGGAUUUUCGCAAUCAAGAAGGCUGAGAUGGACAGGAAGACACUGGACUGGGAGAUUGUAGAGCUGACCAACAAGCUGCUGGAUGCCAAGAACACCAUCAACAAGCUGGAGGAGCUCAAUGAACGGUACCGGUUGGACUGCAACCUGGCUGUGCAGCUCCUCAAGUGCAACAAAUCCCACUUCCGUAACCACAAGUUUGCUGAUCUGCCCUGCGAGCUACAGGACAUGGUUCGGAAACAUCUGCACAGUGAGCAAGAGGCCGCCAGCCCAGGCCCUGCCCCCGGCCUGGCAUCAGGGGCUGUGGUACCCACCUCGGUCAUUGCCCGGGUGUUGGAGAAGCCAGAGUCUUUACUGCUCAAUUCGGCCCAGUCAGGCAAUGCCGGGCACCCCUUGGCUGAGGAUGUCUUUGUGCACGUAGACAUGAGUGGGGGUGCCCCAGGUGACCCAGCCAGCCUCCCUGCCCCUGGCAGUCCCAUCCCCCAACCCAAUGGGGAGUGCCACUCUCUGAGUGCUGCCGGGGGCUCCCCAGAGGAUGACCUGCCUCUGCCAGCCUGGGAGAAGCUGAGCCCCUACCCCACCCCGUCUCCACCACACCCUCUGUAUCCCGGCCGAAAGGUCAUCGAGUUCUCUGAGGAUAAAGUGCGAAUCCCCCGCAACAGCCCCCUGCCCAACUGCACUUAUGCCACCCGCCAGGCCAUUUCCCUGAGCCUGGUGGAGGAGGGGAGUGAGCGAGUCCGACCCAGCCCAGUGUCCAGCAGCCCUGCCUCUGCCCAGGCCUCCCCGCAUCACCGGCCCAGCCCAGCCCCCCUGACACUCAGUGCUCCUGUCAGCUCUGCCAGCUCUGAAGAGGACCUGCUGGCCAGUUGGCAGCGAGCAUUUGUGGACCGCAUUCCGCCACCGGCCACUGCGGCCCAGCGCACAGCCUUUGGACACGAUGCGCUGCCGGAGCUGCAGCACCAUUUUGCUCUUAACUCCACGGACAGAGACGAGGAGGUUCAGGCACCUUCCUCCUCGUCCUGUGAGAGUGGGCUUCUGCUGCCAACAGAACCUGACUCUGGCCUGCCCAGGGAGGAAGAAGAGGAAGAGCUGAACCUGCCUGUCAGCCCCGAGGAAGAACAACAGAGCCUGCUGCCCAGUGAUAGCAGCACAGAGAAAGGGCCUGGUACUUCCCACACCGAGGGCAGGAGCUGGGCACUCCCCGGCUCCAGUCGCCCCCAGCGCAGCCCCAAGAGGAUGGGGGUACACCACCUACACCGCAAGGACAGCCUGACCCAGGCCCAGGAGCAGGGGAACCUGCUCAACUAGGGCUCCUGCCUGCCUUCCUGCCACUGCUGCACUGGGACUGCGGGGGGCCUGUACCCUUGCGGCGCGAGGUCCCCUACCCAGCCCAGGCCCUUGAACUUCCCUCCCUCUAGGCCUGCACAGCUCUGUUCCUGGUGCGGUUGGGUCAGGCGGUGGGUCACACCAGGCCUUCCAGCUGCAUUGACUGACUGCCGCCAGCUUGCCUCAUGGGUUUUCCCCCUUUCUUAAAAUAUUUAUUCUCCAAAGGUAACAUGCAGCUGGGCUCAAGACCUUUCUUCAAAUCAGUCCAGCCCCAGUUGGGCUUCUGGGGAGCUGAGGGUUCAUCACAUCGGUGUUUGUCCUCCAUCAUCCUUCCAUAGCCAUGGGGGGUUUUGGGGGGAGGGGAGGGGGUGUCUUUGGGAUUAGUAACCUCUAAUUUCUGUUUUCAAUUAACCUUUCUGUUUUCUGUUUCCCUCCCUCCCCAAACCCUCUGCACAAGCUGUUGCCUUCAGGGGGCCUGGCCCAGCGGGCCCUCCAGGGCGAGGGAGAGGGCUGACUCAGGGCUCUCUUCAGCUGUCUCUUCCUCUGGAAGCAAGUAUGGGGUGGGACUCGGGGCCUCAGGCUGGGCUCCAGGUGAGGCCUGGCCCCCCUCCCAACCUUGGCUCUAGACUGUUACUCCCAGCUUUGGGAAAUUUUCACAUUGAUGACUAUUUUAAAAUUAAAACUAUUUUACUGGUAUGGA